AUGAGUGGACAAGCAUUUGAUGAGCUCAGCUGGCUUGAGGAGCACAGGGCAGGCUCCCCGCGCUGUCCUCAGGCUGUGCCCCGCUUGCGGCCAGCGGGGACCCGGCCUCCCUCCGCCCGGCGGCUCCACAAGAUGGCGAGCGCGGGCUCCCCCGCCCUGCCCAAGAUGGCGGCGGGCGCCCAGGCGCGGAGCGGGAGCCGCACCGGGACCCCCGGCUCGGCCCUCCCGGGGCGGCGGCGGCGGGAGCGGCUGCUCGGGUACCGCGCGGAGGGGUCCCUGGAGGGCGGGAGCCCGGCGGCCGCCUCCGCUCAGCCCGCGGGGGAAGCGUCGCCUGCGGCCCGGCUCCAGCAGCGGGGGGGCCCCCAGCCGCCAGGCCAGAAAGCAGCUGAGAGACGACCCUCAAAGAGGCUAAAAACCAAACACCCUGGUCUAGUAAAAUCUGAGCUAGGACUUCCACGUGGAAGGGGAGCCCUUGCUGCGUUGGUGGAAACACCUCCAACAACGGAUGGGGAUCAGUGUUCAGAGGAUCCAGGAGACCAUGCUGUAAUUCAGCAGCAAAAAGGUGAAAGCAUUCCAGAGACUAACAGAGAGGAACAGGAAAAGGAGCAUAAUGCAUCUCACAAGCCACGUGGGGUGAAAUCAAGAGAUGCUCCAUCAGAAACGGACAGUGGUGAAGGUGCGCAUGCUUGUGUCUGCAGCGAAGAGAGCAGCUGUGAGAGUGCACUUUCUGAUGGGUCUGGCUCGGAGGACACUGCUCUCCCAACGAAGCCGAUGCGACUGGACAGCAGCACCUUCUGGGAUGAAGACAGCAACCAGCCGAUGCCCAUGGACCGGUUCUUUGGAGAUGUGGAGUUUUUGCGGGAUCUCCCAGCAGUUGCUCUCCCAAGCACAACGAUGAGCAGGCGAGAACUCCGAAAGCUCCAUUUCAUUGCGAAGGAAGAGGAGGAGGAAGAGGAUGUUGUCUAACAGCAAAGUGUAAAUAAACUAACCCUUUUCUCAUUGCAACCACGUGA